GAACCAACUUUCUUUCUUCUGCCAUGAUUCUAAGGCAAAACCCUGUAGCUUUUGCUGAAAGUGAAAAGUGAAAGUUUCCCAAUUGGAUGGGCAAUCACAAGUUCAGGUUUUCAGACAUGAUCCCCCAUGCUUGGUUUUUCAAGCUCAGGGAUUUGAAGAGAACCAGAAGUCAAUCCUCUUCCCACCCCACUAAUCAGCAGAAGAACCACCAUGACCAAAACCUUAACCAAACAAUUUCCUCAACCAAACCAAACAUUUCACAGCCCAGACAAUCCUACUACUACUCAAGAGAGCCCAUUAUCACAAAACCUUCUGCUGACCCCUGUUUUCUUGAUUCUCCGAGGACGUCUUUCCGGCGAAGAUCAUCAAGGCGGAAGACCAUUUACAGGCCUUCUCCUACGUCGGAGUUCGAUUCCGACACCAUUGAUGUCCCUAAAUUAUCCUCGAGCACUGUAAGCUCACCCGCCGCCAGUAUAAUUUAUGACGGAAACGGAAAAUCCCAGACUGAAAUAGACCUGCCGCCGAUUCUCACUAAACUCCCCGGAAAAUCAAGAAACGCUGGUGGGUUAGACGGAAGAGAGAAUGGGUCGCUCUGCAUCAAGACUCGAUCAAGAAAGUCCAUUUCCCAGUCUACAGGAGUGAAGCUUCGUGGGAAUUCUCCAAGGAUGAAUAACCGGCAAGUCCAGAGCCGUGGCCGGAAAAACUCGUCGGCGCCCGGAAAGCGACCGAAGAAUUGCUUUUCUGGGAGUUUUCCGGUCGUUAAGGCAUCGUUUGAUCCGGAGAAGGAUUUCAGGGAAUCGAUGAUAGAGAUGAUUGUGGAGAAUAAGAUAAAGAAUUCAAAGGAUUUGGAAGAGCUUCUUGCUUGUUAUCUGUCUUUGAACUGUGAGGAGUAUCAUUCUCACAUCAUUGAGGCGUUUCAACAAAUUUGGUUCAACCUGUCUGAUAUGCAUUUGUACAAACCAAUGUAAAGUACAACCUUUGGAAUUGUAAGUACAAGUCACCACUGCACAAAUUAGCUCCGAUUAAUUAAUGUGAAAUGUAUGGACGUAAAAUUUUCUCAUUUUUCUAGGAUCUAUAGAGAUUUUAGUAGAUGUAUUACUACAAAUGGAUUAAUAAUUUGUUCUAGAUAAACCCUUUUAAUUGUAUCAUCGUAUGAAUUCAAAUUGGUUUGAUCUUCUUUCGAUCUCUAGUUUUCAUGAAGAAAAAUUAUGUUUCUAUCCACCUUCUUAU